AUGCUGUUAUUUCUUAAUGCGAUAUAUGACCCGUUACAGGGCUUGGUGUGUAAGAAUGGGGCUUGUCAAGACUACAGGGUCCGCUUCACAUGUCCAUUAAGUUUCUGCAACACAACGUGCGUAACCAGGUGGUUUGAUUCCGAUGACCCUAAAACAAAUGGAAGCGACUCUGAACUCUUGUCUAAACUUCUCAGUUUGUACCCUGGAGAAAUAUGUGCUAAUCCAAUCGGAAUAGAGGCUCAGACCAUCUCUGGUCAGGCAGCAUAUAUAACUGGAGACAGCUUUCAAGUGUAUAAUCCAGCCUCUGGGUUUGCUUGUGUAAAUGCAGGCCAGACAGGAGGAGGGGUUUGUGAUGAUUAUAAAGUGCGAUUCUCAUGCCCAGAGACAUUUUGCUCAAUUUGUAGGACAUCUUGGUUUGACAGAGAUGACCCUGAUAAUCCAGGAGAUCGUGAGAUGUGGAAAGAAAUUCAGACAUCACCAUAUGUCUGUACAUCACAUGUCACAUAUCUGCCCAUUGCUAUUGAGGUUGUCACAACCGUUAGUGGGAGCCCUGCACUGCUGACUGGAAACCUUUUUCAAGAAUUCGAUCCACUUGAGGGCUUUGAAUGUGUGAAUGAUCAACAGGGUGGAGGGGUCUGUCAGGACUACAAGGUCCGCUACACAUGUCCGAAAAGCUUCUGCGAGAUGGAAUUUCAAAAAAACCUCACAUUUACACCUCACAUUUGAGGUCAUUAAUGACAGAAAUUAAGCUUUGGUGAAACUACAUUUUUAAUUUAAGUUUAAAUAGCCAUGUUAGAUUCAAUGAAAAAAAAAAAAAAAAAACAUUAAAGAUUUGCAUUAUCCUUCCAUGUCUCUGCUUUUGUUGUUGUUACUCAAGUUGUGUGGUGAAAUUCUUUGUAAGAACGUUGGCAGAAACGGUUUAUGGUGA